AUGCAGAAAGCCCGGGGGACCCGGGGAGAAUCUGUCAGCCCAAGGGCACCCCCCAGCCCAGGUGUGCCCCCAAAGAGGGCCAAGGUGGGGACUGGGGCUGGAGCUAGGACUGGGGCUGGAAUUGGGGCCCGGGGAACAACAGCGGGAGCCCCAGUCUUCCUUCGGCAGCUGAAGAACACAGCAGUUUUCUCUGGCCGGGAUGUGAGGCUGCAGGUGGCGGUGAGUGGGACACCCCAGCCUGCCCUCAACUGGUUCCGAGGUGGGGAACCCCUUCCUGAUCCAUCCCCAGACCCCAGCUGCCUUUGGCUCCGUGGCUGCAGGGCCCAGGAUGCAGGAGCAUACACCUGUACCGCCAGGAACGAGCAGGGAGAGGCUUCCUGUACCGGGGUCCUGACCGUGCUGGAAAUGGAAGUUUUCCGCUCCUGCAGAAAGCAAAGUUACGACUCGGAGACCGGUGAAGAUGAUAUCAGUGAUGCUCAAGGGACACAGCGCCUGGAACUACAAGAUGAUGGGGCCUUCAGCACUCCCACAGGGGGUUCAGACACCCUGGUGGGCUCCUCCCUUGACACCCCUCCGACCUCCGUGACGGGUACCUCUGAAGAGCAGGCGAGCUGGUGGGGCAGCGGGCAGACGGUGUUGGAGCAGGAGGCGGGCGGCAACGGUGGUGGCGGUACUUCCCGCCGGCUCCCAGGCAGCCCAAGGCAAGCACAGGCAGCCGGGGCCGGGGCCGGGCCGCGGCACCUGGGGGUGGAGCCGCUGGUGCGGGCAUCUCGUGCUAAUCUGGUGGGCACAAGCUGGGGGUCAGAGGAUAGCCUUUCGGUGGCCAGUGACCUGUACGGCAGCGCGUUCAGCCUGUACAGAGGACGAGCUCUCUCCAUACACGUCAGUGUGCCACAGGGUGGGCUUCGAAGAGAGGACCCCGACCCUCAGCCCCAGACUGCCAGUGAGGCUCCAAGAAGGCCUGCCCAACCACCUCCUUCCAAAUCAGCUCUGCUCCCGCCACCCUCCCCAAGGGUGGGGAAACGGCCUCCUCCUGGGCCUGCUACGCAGCCCCCUGCCAUCCCCACCUUGCCCCACAGGAAGCCUCAGGAACCAGGGCCCCUGGAAGAGUUGGAAGAGAAGAGGGGGAAGAAGCCCAAGUCAUCAGGGCCCUCGCUGGCGGGCACCCUGGAGUCUCGCUCCCAGACACCUGUGAGUGAAGCUUCGGGCCGCCUUUCUGGGGUGCGCUGCUCCCCGCGGUUGGUGCGAGCUGGCUCCCGGAUCUUAGACAAGCUGCAGUUCUUUGAGGAGCGUCGGCGUAGCCUGGAGAAGAGUGAUUCCCCGGUUCCUCUGAGGGCAUGGGUUCCCUUGAGGAAGGCACGGUCCCUGGAUCAGCCAAAGGCCGAAGGCGGGCAGUGGGACACACCGGGGACCUCAAGGGAAGAGUUACGAGGCGAGCUAGGCACUGUGGCAGAGAGGCGCUGGGCAUUUCGGCAGAAGGCAGCCUCGCUGGAUGAGCGGGUCCGGCUGCGUAGCCCCAGCCCGUCCUCUGACCUCGAGCUCCGCUUUGCCCAGGAGCUGGGGCGCAUCCGCCGCUCAGCCUCCAGGGAAGAAUUAGUUCGAUCUCACGAGUCUCUGCGGUCCACGUUGCAGAGGGCCCCAUCUCCCCGGGACCCAGCCGAGCCUCCCCUCUUCUCUAGCCCCUCUACCCCAAAGACUCCCCCACCAGAGAGCACCUCCACUAUCCAGCAGCUGGCCCUGAGCAGCGUGGGGAAGGUUGGAGAGGAAGCAACAGGAAAAGGGUCCAGUGUGGCCAGAGGCCGAGGGCUGGCAGGCAGGACAGAACUUGGUGAAGGCCACCAGCAGGAGGUUCGUCGGAGAGAACAGUUCCCACUUACUCGGGGGAGGGCUAUUCAGGAAUCCAGGAGCCCCGAGCCCCCUGAGCCCAGGACAAAAGCACAUCUAGGCAGGAAGCGUGAUCCCCCCAUGCAAGCUGUACGCUUCUUACCCUGGGCCAUGCCUGAGCCAGAGGGGACUGCCAUCCCCCCAAACCUGGAAAAGAACCAGCCUGGGCCUGAAGCAGAGAAGAGAUUACGAAGAGGCCCAGAGGAGGAUGGACCCUGGGGGGCCUGGGAUCGGCGAGUGCCCCGUAGCAAGGGCAAAGGUCAUCAUCGGACACGGCCUACCUCACCUGACCUUGAAUCCUCGGAUGACUCCUAUGUCUCAGCUGGAGAGGAGCCCUUGGAAGCGCCUGUCUUUGAGAUACCGUUGCAAAGUGUGGUGGUGGCUCCAGGGUUCGACACGAUGCUCAAAUGUAUUGUCACAGCCAACCCCCCAGCCCAAGUGUCUUGGCAAAAAGAUGGCACAACCCUCCAGAACAAUGAGCGGGUCCUCAUCCGGGCUGAAGGCGAGCGGCACACUCUGUUGCUGCAGGAAGCCCAGUUAGCUGAUGCUGGUCACUACACCGUCACCGCCACCAAUGAGUUGGGCCAGGCCAGCUGCAAAGCCUUGCUCUCUGUUGAACCUGGAGGGGCCACAUCCCCUUUCAGCAGCCCCAUCACAUCAGAUGAAGAGUAUCUGAGCCCUCCUGAGGAGUUCCCAGAACCAGAAGAGGCCUGGCACAGAACUUCUGCCAUGAAGCUCAGCCCCAGCCAGACUCAAAGCACCCCAGAUACCAGCUCCAGGGCUCCCCCCAUCUUCAAGGUUUCACUCAUGGACCAGUCAGUAAGGGAGGGCCAGGAUGUGACCAUGAGCAUCCGAGUGCAGGGGGAGCCCAAACCUGUUGUCUCCUGGCUUCGGAAUCACCAGCCUGUACGCCCGGACCAAAGACGCUUUGCUGAGGAGGCAGAAGGUGGCUUGUGUCGGCUUCGUAUCCUGGCAGCGGAACGUGGAGAUGCUGGCUUCUAUACCUGCAAGGCAGUGAAUGAAUAUGGCACCCGGCAGUGUGAGGCCAGACUGGAGGUCAGAGAUGAACUGACCUGCAGUGCCCGACUGACUGUUCGGCCCUCACUGGCACCAUUGUUCACAAGGAUGUUGGAGGAUGUGGAAGUGUUGGAGGGCCGUGGAGCUCGGUUUGACUGCAAGAUCAGUGGCUUGCCACCCCCCACCAUCACCUGGACUCAUUUUGGCAACCCUGUGGAGGAGAAUGAGAAUGUGAAACUGCGGCAUGAAGGGGGCCUUCAUUCCCUGCUCAUAGCCCACGUGGGCAGUGAGGAUGAAGGUCUGUAUGAAGUCAAUGCCACCAACAUUCAUGGACAGGCCAACUGCUCUGCCCAGCUCUACGUGGAAGAGCCUCGCUCAUCCACCUCAGGUCCCAGCUCCAAGUUGGAGAAGAUGCCUUCGAUCCCUGAGGAGCCUGAGCAGGGAGAGCUGGAGCGGCUGUCUAUGCCCGAUUUCCUCAGGCCGCUGAUGGACCUGGAGGUGGGACUGGCCAAGGAGGCAGUGCUGGAGUGCCAGGUGGCUGGACUGCCCUACCCCACCAUCAGUUGGUUCCACAGUGGCCAGCGCAUCCAGAGUUCGGAUGAUCGUCGAAUGACGCAGUACAGGGAUGUACAUCGACUGGUGUUCCCAAUGGUGGGGCCACAACAUGCUGGUGUCUACAAGAGCGUCAUCGCUAACAAGUUGGGCAAGGCUGCCUGUUACGCCCACCUCUAUGUCACAGAUUUAGUGCCUGGUCCUCCUGAUGGGCCCCCACAGGUGGUGACUGUGACUGGGAGAAUGGUUAUGCUCAAAUGGAACCCUCCCAGAAGUGUCGACAUGGCCAUUGAUCCAGACACUCUGACUUACACAGUUCAACACCAAGUGGUAGGUUCAGGCCAAUGGACGGCUCUGGCCACGGGCCUCCGGGAGCCAAGCUGGGCAGCCAUGGGGCUGCGCAAGGGGGCACAACACAUCUUCCGAGUCCUCAGCACCACAGUCAAGAGCAGCAGUAAGCCUUCCCCAGCUUCUGAACCCGUGCAGCUCUUGGAACGGGGCCCAGUUCUAGAAGAAGCCCCUGUUGUGCUGGACAAGCCAGAUGUGGUGUAUGUGGUAGAGGGGCAGCCGGUCAGUGUCACUGUCACCUUCAACCACGUGGAAGCCCAAGUCAUCUGGAGGAGCUGUCGAGGGGCACUGUUGGAGGCACGUGCAGGAAUGUAUGAGCUGAGCCAACCAGAUGAUGACCAGUAUUGUCUGCGCAUUUGCCAUGUUAAUCGACGAGAUGUGGGGCCCCUCAGCUGUACAGCACGAAACCGGCAUGGCACCCAGGCUUGCUCCAUCACCCUGGAACUCGCAGAGGCGCCUCGGUUUGAGUCCAUCAUGGAAGAUGUGGAGGUUGGAUCUGGAGAGACGGCUCGUUUUGCCGUUGUGGUAGAAGGGAAGCCGCUGCCAGACAUUAUGUGGUACAAGGAGGAGGCCCUGUUGGAGGAGAGCAGCCACGUGAGCUUUGUGUACGAGGAGAGUGAGUGCUCCUUGGUCGUGCUGAGCACGGGACCCCAAGAUGGCGGCGUCUAUACCUGCACAGCUCGCAACCUUGCAGGGGAGGUAUCUUGCAAGGCUGAGCUUGCCAUUCGAACAGCUCAGACAUCCAUGGAGAUUGAAGGAGGAGGGGGAGAUGAAGAUCUUCGGGGACGGAGGCUUAGUGACUUUUAUGAUAUCCAUCAGGAGAUCGGCAGAGGUGCCUUCUCCUACCUUCGUCGGGUGGUGGAGCGGAGUUCUGGCCUCGAGUUUGCUGCCAAGUUCAUCCCGAGCCAGGCCAAACCAAAGGCAUCUGCACGGCGGGAGGCCGGGCUACUGGCCAGGCUCCAGCAUGACUGUGUCAUCUACUUCCAUGAAGCCUUUGAGAGGCGACGGGGACUUGUUAUUGUCACUGAACUCUGCACAGAAGAGCUUCUAGAAAGAAUGGCCAGGAAACCAACCGUGUGUGAGUCUGAGAUCCGGGCCUAUGUGAGGCAGGUGUUGGAGGGGCUUGCUUACCUUCACCAGAGCCGGGUGCUGCACCUGGAUAUCAAGCCGGAGAACCUGCUGGUGUGGGAUAGGGCCGGGGGCAUGGAGCAAGUGCGAAUCUGUGACUUCGGCAAUGCCCAGGAGCUGACCCCAGAGGAGCCCCAGUACUGCCAAUAUGGCACCCCUGAAUUUGUGGGGCCAGAGAUUGUCAACCAGACCCCUGUGUCCAGAGUCACUGAUGUCUGGCCUGUGGGUGUUGUUGCAUUCCUCUGUCUGACUGGGAUCUCGCCCUUUGUUGGGGAGAAUGACCGGACGACAUUGAUGAACAUCCACAACUACAACGUGGCCUUUGAGGAAACAACGUUCCUCAGCCUGAGCAGAGAGGCCCGGGGCUUCCUCAUUCGAGUUCUGGUUCGAGAUCGGCUGCGACCCACAGCCGAGGAAACCUUGGAGCACCCUUGGUUUAAGGCAACAGCAAAGGGUGCAGAUAUCAGCACUGAUCACCUGAAGCUGUUCCUGUCCCGAAGGAGGUGGCAGCGUUCCCAGAUCAGCUACAAGUGCCAUCUGGUGCUGCGCCCGAUCCCAGAAUUGCUGCGGGCUCCCCCUGAGCGGGUGUGGGUGGCAGUGCCUCGGCGCCCACCCCCAGGGGGUCUUUCAUCUUCCUCAGACUCAGAAGAGGAGGAACUGGAGGAAUUGCCCUCCGUGCCUCGGCCGCUGCUGCCCGAGUUCUCUGGCUCACGAGUCUCUCUCACUGACAUCCCCACUGAGGAUGAUGCCCCUGGGGCUCCUGACGCUAGGGAUUCCACCCCCAUGGACUGGCAGGAUCAGGGUGGGCCCCCCGCAGGAGACGGUAGUGCUCCCGGCUCUCAGGCUCUCCCCACCCCAGGCCCCCAGCCCCCAGAGGUGGCUGCUCCCCGCCGGGGGGAGCUUCGUAGGGGUAGCUCAGCAGAGAGCGCCUUGCCCGGGGCAGGGCUGCGGGAGCCGGGACGGGGGCUGCAGAAGGCAGCCUCAGUAGACCUGCCCCAGCGCCGCAGCCCUAGCCCGGGGGCUGCCCACCUGGCGAGGGGGGGCCUGGGCGAGGGAGAGUAUGCCCAGAGGCUCCAGGCCCUGCGACAGAGGCUCCUUCGGGUGGGUCCUGAAGAUGGCAAGGUUAGCGGCCUCAGGGGACCUCUGCUAGAGAGCCUGGGGGGUGGAGGAAGGGCCCGUGAUCCCCGGAUGGCACGGGCUGCCUCCAGUGAGGCAGCCCCCCAACACCCACUGCCCCCUGAGGCCCGCAGCCUUCAGAAAAGCAGCAGUUUUUCCCAGGGAGAGGCAGAACCCAGGGGGAGGCACCGACGGGCAGGAGCCCCGCUGGAGAUUCCUGUAGCCCGACUCGGGGCCCGGAGGUUACAGGAGUCACCUUCCCUGUCUGCCCUCAGUGAAGCCCAGCCUCAUAGCCCCGCCAAACCCAUCCCUGCCAAGCUAUCUCCUACAAAACCUGUUUCCCCAGGACCCACUGAGCAUCCCUUGGCUUCCUCCAGGGGCUCUCCCCGGCCAGGGCCCCCCAAGACCGCUCGAGAAGAGCAAGUGCCUAAGCCAGGACCUUCCAGGUCCUCAGAACCCCCAAAGGCAGCUGUGGUCUCCCCGGUCCCAGAGACCCCCCUCACCCCCUAUGCCCAGAUCAUGCAAUCUCUCCAACUGCCUGGUGCCCCGAAGAUCAUCUUGGGCCCUCCUCCCGAGCCUAAGCCCCACGCGGCUGUCUUUGCCAAGGUGGCUUCUCCACACCCCGGGAAGCAAGGGCUGGGAGUCAAGGGGCUUGCUUCUCCUUCUGGGGAGAAGACAGUGGUUCCCUCAAGGCCCACUGGCUCAGACAGGAGCUUAAGCAGCAUUGAAAAUCUGGACUCAGAGGAAGUGUUUGAAGCUAAAUUCAAGAAAAGCCGCCAGUCUCCCCUGGCUCGGAGACUGAGGAUGCUGAGUCGCUCUCAAUCCGAGGAGCGGGGCCUUUCCCGGGGAUUAGAGGAGGAAGAUGGCAUGUACAGGCCCAGCCCAGCUGGGACCCCGCUGGAGCUAGUGAAGCGACCUGAGCGGUCCCGUUCUGUGCAGGACCUUCGUGGGCCUGGGGAGCUGGGGCUGGUACGACGCCUCUCCCUGUCUCUGUCCCAGAGGCUUCGCCGGACACCCCCCUCCCAGCGUCACCCAUCCUGGGGGUCUCCCCGGGCUGGGGAUGGCGAGAGCUCAGAGGGGGGUGACUCAGCCAGGGGUUCCCCGGUGCUGGCUGUUCGGAGGAAGCUUAGCGCCACCCUGGAGCGACUCUCGGGCCGUCUGCACCGGAGUGGCAGCAGCGAGGAGUCAGGAGGUCGGGCUGGGGGGAGCAUUCCACUGCUGGGCCAGCUGCGCCGAGCGACAUCCGAGGGGGAGAGCCUGCGACGCCUCGGCCUGCCCCACAACCAGCUGUUGGCCCAAGCGGGCACAGCCACACCCUCAGCAGAGUCACUGGGUUCUGAGGCUAGCGCUACCUCAGCCUCUUCAGGUCCUGGGGAAGGCCGGACUCGGUCCCGCUGGGAUCGCUGGGGCCUGUCAAGGUCACGGAAGGACAAAGGGUCAUCGCAGCCUAACCUCCCAUCCAGUGUCCAGGAGGAUUCCACUUUGGGCUACCAAUAUGUGCGCAGCGAGUCAGACUUUCCUCCUGUCUUUCAUAUCAAGCUGAAGGACCAGGUGCUGCUGGAGGGUGAGGCAGCCACCCUCCUGUGCCUCCCAGCAGCCUGCCCCGCACCCCACAUAUCCUGGACAAAAGACAAACAGUCCCUUCGGUCAGAACCGUCAGUCACUAUAGUAUCCUGCAAAGAUGGACGGCAGCUGCUGACCAUCCCUCGUGCUGGGAAGAGCCAUGCUGGGCUGUAUGAGUGUUCCGCCCGCAAUGCCUUGGGCAGUGCUACCAGCUCCUGCACGCUGGCUGUGGCCCGCCUUCCAGGCAAGCUGGCUCCCCCUGAAGUGCCCCAGAAAUACCAAGAUACAGCAUUGGUGGUGUGGAAGCCUGGAGACAGUCGAGCACCUUGCACGUACACGUUAGAGCGACGUAUUGAUGGGGAAUCCAUAUGGCACUGUGUGAGCUCAGGCAUCGCUGACUGCUACUACAACGUGACCCAGCUGCCACCGGGCAUGAGUGUGAGGUUUCGAGUGGCCUGCGCCAAUCGAGCUGGGCAGGGCCCCUUCAGCAAUGCGUCAGAGAGGGUCCUUGUUGGGAAAGCCACAGAUACCCCAGUUUUGAAAUCUACCACUCAACAAGAAAUCCCUGUUACCUCAGUGCCAGCUGGAACCCCCAUUCCUUCCACUCCUACCUCACCUAUCUCUCCCCCAGCCCCAACCUCAGACGCCCCAACCCCAGUGUCUUCAGCCCCGGCCUCCCCAGCUGCAGCGUCUCCAGCCCCGGGCUCCCCAGUUCCAGCCACACCAGCCCCUGCCACCUUAGCUCCAUCCUCUUCAGUCUCUCCAGUCCCAGUUCCUGAGCCCACGUCUACCUUGGCUCUAGCCUCCCCACAGUCUUUUCCUCCAGCCCCAGCCUCCCCAUCUCUCCCAGUGCCCCUCAACCAGGUCCAGUCUCACCUCAAGGCUGUUGGCCCACCUCCCCCAACUCCUCCGAGAAAGCACAGGGGUGUGCUGGCUGCACGGCAAGCAUCCCUCAGUGAUCAACCCCCGCCUAGCAGGCCUGAGUCUCUUGCCUCCAACACAAAAGCCCCAUCCCCUAGCACCCCAGAGAGUAAACCAACCUCCUCCCCAGCCCCUAUGUAUAUGGUGACUUCUUUUGUGUCAGAACCCACUGUCCCUGAGCCCCAAGCCCCUGAUCCUACCCCCAGCCCCACUAAGGUGAUCGUGAGCAGCCUUAGCCCAGCCAAGGACAGGGUCAGCUCUCCAGGAAGUGGACCCCCCAGCUCUCCUGGCCCUGAGGGCACCACACUUCGUCAGGGACCUCCCCAGAAACCCUACACCUUCCUGGAGGAAAAGGCCAGGGGUCGUUUUGGUGUGGUGAGGGCUUGCCGGGAGAACGCCACAGGCCGGUCAUUCGUGGCUAAGAUCAUCCCCUAUGUGGCAGAGGGGAAGCAGCGGGUGCUUCAGGAGUAUGAAGUAUUACGCUCUCUACACCAUGAGAGGCUCAUGUCCCUGCACGAGGCAUACAUCACCCCCCGCUACCUUGUGCUCAUCGCGGAGAGCUGUGGGAACCGUGAGCUUCUCUGCGGACUCAGUGAACGGUUUCGGUACUCCGAGGACGAUGUGGCCACGUAUGCGGUCCAGCUGCUGCAGGGCCUGGAGUACCUGCACGACCACCACGUGCUGCACUUGGAUAUCAAGCCCGACAACUUGCUGCUCACGCAUGACAACGCUCUCAAGAUUGUGGACUUCGGCAGUGCCCAGCCCUACAGCCCCCAGGCCCUGCAGCCCCUGGGGCACCGCACUGGCACGCUGGAGUACAUGGCUCCUGAGAUGGUGAAAGGUGAACCCAUUGGCUCUGCUACAGACAUCUGGGGUGUUGGUGUGCUCACCUACAUCAUGCUUAGUGGACGCUCCCCAUUUUAUGAGCCAGAUCCCCGGGAGACAGAGGCCCGGAUUGUUGGGGGCCGCUUUGAUGCCUUCCUGCUGUACCCCAAUACCUCCCAGAGUGCUGCCCUCUUUUUGCGCAAGGUCCUUUCUGUCCACCCCUGGAGCCGCCCUUCACUGCAGGACUGCUUGGCACACCCCUGGCUUCAGGACGCCUACCUGAUGAAGCUUCGGCGCCAGACAUUGACUUUUACCACCAAUAGGCUGAAGGAGUUCCUUGGGGAACAGAAACGCCGACGGGCAGAGACUGCCACCCGCCAUAAGGUGCUGCUACGCUCCUAUCCUGGCAGCCCUUAGCCUUCUGGACCCCAGAUCCCUGGCCUCCUGGACCUCAGACCCCCCAGCCUCCUGGACCCUGCACUCUGGGAUUCCUGCAAUCCAGCUCCUGGACUCCCCUGCCCUUGUACAUGGGACAUUCCAGGGGCUUAUGGCAGCACUGGGGUAGGGUGGGGGAAGGCAGAGAGGCCAAAGGGGACUGGAUACCACCAGCAACAGCCAGCCAGGUGGCAUUACCUCAUGGACCCAUGGGCAACGGGAGCCCCAGGGAUAGCAUAAGUCCCCCCUGGGGUACAACAAGCUUCAACCAGGCUGAAGGACUGAAGGCUGGGGGAGAUGAGGGAAUAAAGGAA